GGCGGCCGAGGGGGCCGAGGCGGCCGUCCGGCGCUGAGGGGGGCGGCGACCCGCCACCGCCACGCCGACAUCGACGGCCCCCCGCAGGGUUGUUCAUCUGGAUGGUAAAGGAUUUCAUCACCACCGGCUGCAUGUGAAAUACUGUUUUCACCUGUGCCUACAAGAGAGUUCUGAAACUGCCCGUUAAGCUCCAACUGGAAAUUGUGUGAGCACAUCCUUCGUGGAGGCUACACAGAUAGAUGUUUUCAUGAAGAGAGGCGAAAAACCCGAAGGGUAUAGACAGAUGCGGCCUAAAACCUUUCCUGCCAGUAACUAUACUGGCAGCAGCCGGCAAAUGUUGCAAGAAAUAAGAGAGUCUCUUCGGAAUUUGCCUAAACCAUCAGAUGCUGCUAAGGUUGAUCACGUGAGUAAAAUGCCAGCGGAAGAUCCUAGGCAAGGCCGCAAUCCACCCAAAUUUGUAACGUAUCAUAAAGCUUUGCAGGAAAUUCGAAAUUCUCUACUGCCAUUUGCAAAUGAAACAAGUUCUUCAGCCAGAGGGACCUCAGAAGUGAAUCGACAGAUGCUGCAAGACCUGCAAGCUGCUGGAUUUGAUGAGGAAAUGGUUAUACGAGCUCUUCGACAGACUAACAAUAGAAGUAUAGAGGCAGCAAUUGAAUUUAUUAGUAAAAUGAGUUACCAAGAUCCUCGUCGGGAGCAGAUGGCAGCAGCAGCUGCUAGACCUGUUAAUGCGGGUCUGAAGCCACCAGGGGGCGUCCAGCAGUCAGUCAACCGCAAACAAAGCUGGAAAGGUUCUAAAGAGUCCUUGGUUCCUCAGAGACUCGGGCCCCAACUGGGAGAAAAUGCCGUUUACCGUUCGGAAAGUCCCAACCCUCAGACGGACGUCGGAAGGCCCCUGUCGGGGUCGGGCUUAACGGCGUUCGCUCAGGGUCAUCCCUGCAACGGACAGAGAGUGAACCCCCCGCCUCCUCCACAAGUAAGGAGUGUCACUCCUCCCCCGCCUCCCCCGAGGGGCCAGACUCCUCCUCCUCCAAGGGGCACGACUCCACCCCCACCCUCCUGGGAAGCCAACUCUCAAACAAAGCGUUAUUCGGGCAGCAUGGAAUAUAUGAUCUCUCGCAUUUCUCCGGUUCCGCCCGGAACGUGGCAGGACGGCUACCCGCCCCCACCCGUCAACGCUUCCCCGCUGAAUCCUCCUCCUCCUCCUCCUCCUCCUCCGGGCCAGAGAGGCAUCAGUUCCGUCCCUGUUGGGAGACAGCCGAUUAUCAUGCCGAGCUCCAACAGCAAGUUUAACUUCCCACCCGGAAGGCCCGGGAUUCAGAACGGUAGCGGUCAGGCCGAUUACCUGAUUCACCAGAGCGUGGUUCCCGGUAGUUCCGUGACCCGACAGCCGCCGCCCCCCUACCCCCUCCCCGCAGCCAACGGGCCGAGCCCGACUCUGCAGAUGCAGACCGGGGUACCGGCCGCUCCGUCGCCCUACGCUAAUGGAACUGUUCCUCAGUCCCUGAUGGUGCCAAAUAGAAAUAGUCACAACAUGGAACUCUAUAAUAUAAGUACACCCGGACUACCAACGUCUUGGCCUCAGUCGUCGUCCGCCCCAGCCCAGUCGUCCCCCGGUAACGGACACGAGAUUCCCACGUGGCAACCUAACAUUCCAGUGAGAUCGAAUUCUUUUAACAACCCGCUGGGCAAUCGGGCAAGUCACCCCGCUAGCUCCCAGCCUUCGGCUACAACGGUGACCGCUAUUACCCCGGCUCCCAUCCAGCAGCCGGUGAAAAGUAUGCGGGUAUUAAAGCCGGAGCUCCAGACCGCCUUAGCGCCCACCCAUCCUUCCUGGAUGCCGCAGCCAAUCCAGGCUGUCCAGGUUAUCCCUUUUUCUGAAGGUCCAGCCCCAAACGUGUCUGUAAUGUCGCCGGUUGCAGAGGCGCCAAAUUAUCAAGGACCCCCGCCACCUUAUCCGAAACACCUGCUCCACCAGAACCCGUCUGUUCCGCCGUACGAGCCCCUGCCGAAGAGCAGAGAGGAUCAGCCUUGCGUAGCGAAAGACGAGGAGGGCGAAAAGACUCACGAUAACUUCGACAGUGGAGACAGAGAAAAGAAGCAGAUUACAACCUCACCGGUUCCUGUCCGGAAAAAUAAGAGAGAUGAAGAAAGGAGGGAGUCCCGUAUCCAGAGUUACUCUCCUCAGGCUUUUAAAUUCUUCAUGGAACAGCAUGUGGAAAACAUUCUGAAAUCUCAUCACCAGCGCCUGCACCGGAAGAAGCAGCUAGAGAAUGAAAUGAUGCGGGUGGGGUUAUCCCAGGAUGCCCAGGAUCAAAUGAGAAAAAUGCUGUGUCAGAAGGAGUCGAACUACAUCCGUCUUAAGAGGGCUAAGAUGGACAAGUCAAUGUUUAAGAAGAUUAAGACCCUUGGAAUCGGAGCGUUUGGGGAAGUCUGCCUGGCAAGGAAAGUGGAUACCGAUGCCCUGUACGCCACGAAAACUCUGCGCAAGAAGGACGUGCUGCUUCGAAACCAAGUUGCUCACGUUAAAGCCGAGCGAGAUAUUCUAGCGGAGGCCGACAACGAGUGGGUGGUCCGCCUGUACUAUUCAUUCCAAGAUAAGGACAACUUGUACUUCGUAAUGGACUACAUUCCAGGGGGUGAUAUGAUGAGCCUGUUAAUUAGAAUGGGCGUCUUUCCAGAAAACCUUGCCCGGUUUUACGUAGCAGAGCUGACCUGUGCGGUUGAAAGCGUUCAUAAAAUGGGUUUCAUUCAUCGAGAUAUUAAGCCUGAUAACAUUCUGAUCGAUCGCGAUGGCCACAUUAAAUUGACGGACUUUGGCCUCUGUACGGGCUUCCGAUGGACCCACGAUUCUAAAUACUAUCAGAGCGGUGACCAUCCACGCCAAGACAGCAUGGACUUCAGUAAUGAAUGGGGUGACCCCGCAAACUGCCGAUGUGGAGACCGACUGAAACCUCUAGAGCGGAGAGCAGCUCGCCAACACCAGCGCUGUCUGGCACACUCACUGGUGGGAACCCCAAACUAUAUUGCCCCCGAAGUGUUGUUGCGAACAGGCUACACGCAGUUGUGCGACUGGUGGAGCGUUGGUGUGAUUCUUUUUGAAAUGCUGGUGGGACAGCCUCCUUUUCUAGCACAGACACCGUUAGAAACACAAAUGAAGGUUAUUAACUGGCAAAAAGCUCUUCACAUUCCACCGCAAGCUAAAUUGACUCCAGAAGCUUCCGACCUUAUUAUCAAACUCUGUCGAGGCCCAGAAGACCGCUUAGGCAAGAAUGGCGUGGAUGAGAUCAAAGCCCAUCCGUUUUUUAAAGUCAUCGACUUUUCCAGCGACCUUCGACAGCAGUCGGCCUCAUACAUUCCCAAAAUCACACACCCGACGGAUACGUCCAAUUUCGACCCGGUGGAUCCGGAUAAGUUAAGGAGCGAUGCGGAUGAAGAAGGGAAUGUGAAUGACACACUAAAUGGAUGGUACAGAAAUGGAAAGCAUCCGGAACACGCCUUCUAUGAGUUUACAUUUCGAAGGUUUUUCGACGACAAUGGUUACCCGUACAAUUAUCCCAAGCCGAUCGAGUACGAAUACAGCAGUUCGCAAAACUCAGAGCAGCAGUCAGAUGAAGAUGGUCAGCCCACAGGUACAGGGGUGCAAAAAAUUCGUGACCUAGUGUAUGUUUAGCACCCCCGGAAGAUAAUUACCCCCUGUUCUACAGUAGAGACUUCUUAGAAUGCCCUCGGUUAUAAGAGAUUUGACAAAGUUUCCAGAGUAAAUUUACGCAGAAUGAAAGGAAAAGUUUUACCGUGUUUAUGCUCUGUCUAUUUAGUCGUCCCCCUACCCCCACCCCCGCCCCCGUAUAAGGAAAUCUUUUGCAAAAUUUAAUUUAUUCCAACAACUGUUAAUCAAUUUAGAGAAAAAAAUUGUUAUAGGGAAGCUUUAUGGACUGAAUUGUAUCAUCAGUUCCUGGUACUUAAAGUACUUAAAAUAAGAAAAUAGUGAUAUCUUUUAAAGGAGUUGCCUGCUAUCUAUUUGUACAUAAGUGAAGUAAUUUAAAAAAAUGAAAACCUUUUCGGAAUUUUGAAAGACAGUUUUACCUUGCUUUAACCAAAUACGGAACUUUUCCCACCCCUAUCGGCGGAACUCUUCUUCGGGGCAUUUUUUGGUACCUGCCAAGCGAACCCCGGGGCUCCGUUCUAAGGCAGACACGAGGCACAGAGCUCACGUCUGUGCCACGGCUGAUGGCGAACGAGACCGUUCACGUCCCGCAUCCAGGAAAUGUGGGGCUGCAGGAUUAUUAAUGUACACCCCGGUCUGCUGCCACGUGUAUUUGCAAUAUGCAUUUUGGCUAGAUCCUGAUUAGAGGAUUAGGGAACGUUCUUCCAACGAUCCAAGCCUGUUGAGGCUCGCUGAGCUAAAUUCUAGAGGAAACUGCCCCGGGGUGGGGGCACGACGUUGGCGGCCCGUGCACGUGAACGCUGGAACGGGUGAAAGCUGCAGUGUGAGUUUUCAUUACCGUGAGGGUUCCCGAGAAAGCGCUCGUCGCCCCUCACCUUACCUCCCCGGCCCUCCCCGGCUCUAUGAGAACGUGGGUAUUCCUAUCAGUACGUGAGUUUGUUACAAAAGUACAGAUUUUCUCCAAAAUAUUUCAUUCUACUGAAUGAUGAAUCGAUCUCCAAUUGAUUUGAAAGAAGUACUCGCCUUCGGGAGCGGAUAGAUUCCCGCUUAUCUCUUGGCACUGAGUUUACCUUUUAAAGCUGCUUCUGAUUUAUAAGUAGAACCAAAACUGCCGGGGCGAAAAAAUACCCAACCAAACUUUCAGCGUUCUGCCUCCGUUCAUGCCGCAACCAAGGUCUCUAAACUUUAGCGAAAGACGGUUCCUUUGAAAAGACGAUAUGAGUCAGUUUCAUUUCUUCCACAGUCCUGAGUAAAAAUGAGUUUAUGGUCAAGUCUCUACGAUAUUGUCAUUACAAAUUUUCUGGGGAUCGAUUUGGCACCCAAGAAUCCAGUUAGUUUUAUGCGUUUAUGAUAUUUCAGGAGCUGUCACCAGUUUCCUUUGCCGUGCUUUAAACUCUUUUCCAACAGUGCUGCAUCGGUGAUAUAUGCAAAGAAAAAAAAAAAGCCUGGAUCCCCAUUAUCCUUUUGAAAGGGCUGUUUUGCCCAUGGCAAAAGGGUAGGAACUUUUUUUUAAGUUGAUCUUAAGAAGUAUAGGAACCGACUUUGUACGCAGUGCAGGGUGUAGGCAGCAUUCACACCCCGCUGAUUUAAGUAAUAUGCGACUUGAAAUACGUCAGUUAAGAGCUCAACAUCUCUAUCAUCCGUCACAUGUAGAAUUCAAGGAAGUUUGAAUUUAAUCCAUCCUACGUUUAGCUUAUCAGGGAAAGAAAUAUUCUAUUAAUAUUGUAAACGGCCCCGGUAAAACUAGCAAUACAAAUAUCCCUCUUCUACCCUUCAGAAAAAUGAAAUUGAGCCAGAAUCUAAUAUUGGUAAACAAGAGUUCAAAAUUGGAGGGCAGGGUUUAUGAUAUAAUUGUUGCUUGUUGUAUUUAUUUGUUCCGUCAUGACUCUCUUGAUCCUUUUUACCAUUUCUGGUGGAUUGUGAUAGAACAAGUCUGAACAACAUGGGCCCCGCUAUCCUUCCUUGCCUCACCCGAUCAGACAGAGGAAAAGGAAUUUUAAUAGGCUAGUUCGUUGGAGUUGUGGAGGGUUUAGUUAUCCAUCAAUCAGUGGUAUUUUUUGAGCAUUUACCGUGUGCAGAACACUGUACCAAGUGCUUGGAAGAGUACACCACAGUGAAGUGGGCAUCCCUGCCCCAAGGAGCGUACGGUUUAGAGCGAUUCCCCUAAAAUCCUAUGCAAAACAAGGCUAGCUAUUUCAAGAAUUGCCCAGUUAAAACUCGUGUUGUCUUUCAAGAAACACCUCUAACUUUUGGAGUGGUCUUAAAUCCGAUCCACUUUGAAACUCCUCUGUCUCCGACUCAUCGGUGCGUGGCAGUGAGAUGCCAGACUCAACUGCCGCAAGGACGGAGUGUUUGAAAUUGCCACCGUUGUCCAGCUUCGGCACCCUGUGCGCAGCCGUUAUCUUCUAGACAUUCCAUCUAAUGUCCGUGUGAUUUCCCGUGUGGAUUUAGUAGCAAUAUUGGGCUUUCAGGGAUGUCCUUAACUGUUCCACUCCGCAGUCUUAUCUCCCAUUGAUUACAAGCACAAGGACUGCUUUGUCAUAGUAAGAGAAAAAUUAUUCUCCUGUACAGCAACCCCAAGAUGUCCUUUCAGUUGUAGCUCACCCGUUAGCUCUUUAAAGUCACUUCGUCCGGUUGUGAAAUAUUCGAAAGAGUCCGUCUUUCAUUACCGUCCCCCCACAUAUGCAUAGAAAUUGUAUUUAUAAAAUGUGUUCUAUAAUCAUGUAAAUGUAAAUACUGUUCUUAUGUAUUGUCCGAUGACGUUCUAUCCUAGGGCAGGCCCUCUUGUGUAUCUUUUUCUACCUUCCUGUUUGCAAUAGAAAUGAUAGAAUGUAUGACUAGAAAGUCACUUUGAGACUUUAAAAUUGAUCUGCUGUUGCAAAGUGCAAAGCUGUGAGUGGGAAUGAUUUAUCUUGACUUCACUGAUAAUGUUUAGCUAGUAGGGAAUGCAGUGGGUGGGUUCAUAGACAAUGCUGCUGCUCUGACCCACGGUACCGGAAGAUGCUUUUCUUUUCUCGUUUUGAAAAAGUGUCUUUGGUAUAUCUAGGGAAUUGUUCAGUUUAUUUGCUUUAAUUCAUCCAAAGCAAAGAGUAAUUUGGAUCAACAAUAUUUGUGAAGCGCCUUAAAAUGCUCCUGCGUGGAAGGCAACUAUCGGAGUUUACUUUUGUAUUGUGUGUGUGUGUGUGUGUGUGUGUUUGUGUGAAUGUAUUUUGUAUUAUAAUUGUUUUCCCAACAUUACAAUUUUGUAAACUGCACUUUCUGUUGAAAGAAUGGCAGCCUUAGUAGACAUAUCAGAAUUCUUUACAUAUUUCUGAACAUAAUAAUCGUCAGUAAUCAAUGACCUUCUUUGUGUGUUUUAUGAACCUCUUUCUACUUUCUCUCUCCAGUUCCUCUAGUGUAACAUCUGGAAUAAUAAAAAGCAAAGUACAAAUCUCUUUUUUUAGUAUAUGUGAAAAGCUAAUUCUUAUGCUGCUAAGAAAAUAUCAUUUGAAGCUAUAAUUUGAUUAAAAGUAUUGAUCAUCUG